UCUCACCCGGUCCUGGAGGAGACGGAAGCUCCAACUGAGUGCGGGGUCGAGGACACUUACCCUGUGCACUCGGGCAGAGACUGCGGUUCGGGGUCCCGGAGGUCCAGUGGGCAGCUCCCCAGAUGUGGAGAUUGGCACUUGGAGAAGGAAGGCAGCUGCCCAAGGGUCUCACAAGCAGGUGGUGGGCAAGCCAAGACUAGAGCCCACACUUACAGACAUACCUCCCGUCCCACAACUGUUGCCCAUCUGCAAAGGCACUCCGAGGGCAACGCACUCACCAGCCAUGAACUACGUGGGGCAGCUGGCAGAGACGGUGUUUGGGACAGUGAAGGAGAUAUACCGGGGCCUGAACCCGGCCACACUGAGUGGUGGCAUCGAUGUGCUGGUGGUGAAGCAGGUGGACGGCUCCUUCCGAUGUUCACCCUUCCACGUGCGUUUCGGCAAGCUGGGUGUCCUGCGGUCGCGAGAGAAGGUGGUAGACAUUGAGAUCAACGGGGAGCCCGUGGACUUGCACAUGAAGCUGGGAGACAGCGGGGAGGCCUUCUUUGUCCAGGAGCUGGAGAGCGAUGAUGAACACGUGCCUCCCCGCCUAUGCACAUCACCCAUCCCUUGUGGGGACCUGUCUGGGUUCCCCUCAGACUCCCAGCUGAGCACAGACAGUGAGCCUGAAGCCAUCACUGAGGGGGUGGCCUCCACGGGGCGGAAGAAGAGGCGUCGCAGGAGGAAACCCAGGCGGAAGGAGGACACGGUGGCAGCCAAUUCCAGUUCUGAGGAGCUGGAGACAGGCGCUGAGAGUGAACUGUCUCUACUGGAAAAGCCAAGGCUGGAGCCCCCAGGCAGUGUCGAAUCCGAAGGGGAGUCCUCACCGCAAGCCAAAGACUUCUACCCCUACUCUGAUGGCGAGUGGUGCCCCCAGGCCAGCCUCUUGCCGGGUGUGCUAAUGACAUCCCCAAAGAGCGACUCAGAGCUGGAGCUGCGGACCCCCGAGCCCAGCCCCCUGCGAGCUGAGUCCCACAUACAGUGGGCCUGGGGGAGGCUGCCCAAGGUGGCCAAAGCAGAAUGGCCCGAGUGCUCGAAGAUCGCUGAUGGUGGUGUCAGGGCAGCUCCACCUCUUCAGGGAGAGCCCGGCACCCCCUCUGCUCCUGUGGCUGGUGUGGACCCUUCGGGGCCCCUAAUCCUGCAGACAGGGGCUGGUGCUGACCUUCCUCCUACUGACACGGAGCCUCCUGCUCUGGUGGGUCCCCCUCUCCCCACCCCUGAGAGAAAGAAAACCAAGACUCAGAGCCGAAGGGAUCCAGGCCUCCCUCCUCCCUCGAAAUCAUGGAGCUGGGCCGCCCUGGAGGGCCCACUUCCCACCAGGCAGCCUGAGGGGGUCUCUAGCAGGAAAGGCUCCGUGAAGAGAAGCCAGCACCUGGGCCCCAGUGACAUCUAUCUGGACGACUUGCCCUCUCUGGAUUCUGAGAAUGCAGCCCUUUACUUCCCCCAGAGUGACUGUGGACUGGGGCCCAGAAGGUGGAGUGAACCCAACAGCCAGAAGCCUCUGGGGGACCCCAACCCUGAACAGGAGCCAGAACCCACUUUGGACAUGAUAGUGCUUUCCCUCUGUGGUGGACUAGCUGACAGCCGGGACAUCUCCCGGGAGAAAUUCAACCAGCACAUAGUCUCCUACGAGGACCUCGUCCAAAACCCUGGCCUCCUUGAGCACCCGAACCUGGUGGUGAAAAUCAAUGAGAAACAUUAUAACUGGGCUGUUGCUGCCCCCAUGAUCCUCUCCCUGCAAGCCUUCCAGAAGAACUUGCCCAAGAGCACUGUGGACAAACUGGAGAAGGAGAAGAUGCCCCGGAAAGGUGGACGGUGGUGGUUUUCCUGGCGACGCAGGGACUUCCCGGCUGAGGAGUGCAGUGCCCAGGCAGAGAAAAGCACAGCCCAGGAGCAGCAGGGGGCGAAGACUGAUGUGCCGAGUAGUGAGGAUGACGCCCCAGAGAGCCCUGUGAUCCUCGAGGUCCCCUCCCUGCCACCCUCGCCUCCAGCCUACCCUCCUACCUACAGGAAGUCCCUCCGCCUCUCCUCCAGCCAGAUCCGGCGCCUGAACCUGCAAGAAGGUGCCAAUGAUGUGGUCUUCAGUGUGACCACCCAGUACCAGGGCACCUGCCGCUGCAGGGCCACCAUCUACUUGUGGAAAUGGGACGACAAGGUGGUCAUCUCGGACAUCGACGGGACCAUUACCAAGUCGGAUGCUCUGGGUCACAUUCUGCCCCAGCUAGGGAAAGACUGGACACACCAGGGCAUCACCAGUCUCUACCACAAAAUCCACCUAAAUGGGUACAAGUUCCUGUACUGCUCGGCACGGGCUAUCGGCAUGGCGGGCCUCACCAAGGGCUACCUGCAGUGGGUGAGCGAGCGGGGCUGCGGCCUCCCUGAGGGCCCCCUCCUGCUGUCUCCCAGCAGCCUCUUCUCCGCCCUCCACAGGGAGGUGAUUGAGAAGAAACCAGAGGUGUUCAAAAUCGCCUGCCUGAGUGAUAUCCAGCAGCUGUUCCUGCCCCACGGACAGCCCUUCUAUGCUGCCUUUGGGAACAGGCCCAACGAUGUCAUCGCCUACCGGCAGGUGGGCCUACCUACAUCUCGAAUCUUCACAGUCAACCCCCGGGGAGAGCUCAUCCAGGAGCUCAUGAAGAACCACAAAUCCACGUACGAACGGCUCGGCGAGGUGGUCGAGCUCCUCUUCCCGCCCGUGGCCCGUGGCCCCAGCACAGACCUGGCCCACCCUGAAUACAGCAACUUCUGCUACUGGCGGGAGCCCCUGGUUGCUGUGGACUUUGAUGCCCUGGCCUGACCCUGCCCCGGCUGCCCCCUCCUCCCUGGCCAGGUGUUCCAGGGAGUGGGUGUCCCAGGGAUCGGGACACUGGAAGCUGGGUACCACGGGGCCAGUCCACUGAACGGGAGGAGGGGGGCUGAAGGCUGGUUAGUAGCCACAGAGAACCCCCCUCCUCCCUGUCCUGUCUCCUGCCUUUGCCAGCUGAGCUGCAGGAGGUGGGGGGCAGCUGCUCCAGGCCUCAGCACAGCCCUGGCCUGUAGCAAUUAAAUGACUGUCACCCGGGCCCUCACAGGAUUCUCCAUGCCCUUGACAUCUCUGUCCCUGUAACCCUGGUAUGUUGUCCCAACUCCUGAUAGGACAGGGAGAAGAGGGAGGUCCCGGGAGGCUUGAGACCUGUAGGCACGGAAAUGGCUGGCGGCAGCAGUGGGGAGGGGUUGAGUGCCCUCUGCACAGCAUGGAUCAUAGCCUCUGAAGCCCGAUUCCUCCAUAACCCCGGCCCCUUCCCACAGCUCUUGAGCCAGACCUCACCACUCUCCCUGGCACGCCGGUAUCUCAGCACACCCCAAGCCAGGAUGCUCAGACAUCAAGGAACGAGGAUUCCCAGGCAGUGCGAGGGCUGAGGGAGUGUGACUCCCACUUGGCCUGGCCCGUACCCAGCUGCUGCCCUUGUUCCCCUGAGUACCUCCCCUAAGGACACAGCCCCCAAACCUGCCAGGGCCAAUGGCAGUGACCUGCCAACCCUCCCUAGACUUUGCUGGUCAACUCAGUGCCCACAGAGCUGCCGAGCAAGCUCGUACGGGGAUGAGGAACUUUAGGAAGUGGGGCUGGCUCCCCAGCAGUGCAGCCUUCCAGCCUGCUGUCCUUGGGGAAGAAAAUACCUUUAGAUGGGUUAAAAGCUUUAAUCCAGGCCUGCCCCACCCCCCCCCCCCAACAGCACCACAGUGGAAGGAAGAAACCAGAAGGCAGGGCUAUAGGGACCUGCAACACAGCACAGAAAGCCCUGGGCUGCUGUGGGGGAACUGAGGCCAGGAACCUCAGCAGAGAUGGGCAUCAGGGUCUCUGGGAACUCUGCAGGCUGGAUGAACACUGUGUUUUCAGGUUGUCCCGUGAUGGUGUCGUACCUGAAUUUCUCACCAUUUAGUGAACAUCCAGCAGAGGCUGGGGUUUUGCCGGGAUGCUGGAAACAGGGCUUGGAGGCCUUCCUCUCCUGUGGCCUCCUGUUCAGAGUCUGGCCUCAUUCAGGCCAUGACAUAUAUGAGGGCUAUUCUAUGAAGAGAGGCUCUAACCUGGGCGGGUGGGGGGUGGGCAGGAUAUUCUCCCAUAUGGAAAGGAGGGGAGGGUGUGGGGACCAGAGGCCCUGAAGCAUUUUUGGGAAAGAAAAGGAAAAGGAUAAAUUGGGGUGGGGUCUCUAAACAGAGCCUGGACCCUGUCCUUUUUCUCAGGGAAUCUACAGCUGCCUAAGCCCUCACCUGAGGGGAGGGUCAAAAGAAAUAAAGAGAACUGAGUCUUUGUGUUUCUGUUCUGCUCCGAAGGACCAGGGCCGGUGGAAACCUCUGGUCCUUAGUUUCAGAAACCAUAUCCACGAAGCUGCCGGGUGUGAGGACAGUGCCAGUGGGCACCAUCUUCCUGCAGAAACUGAGCCCAGACAGCAAGGGAGAGAAGCCAAGGGGACAAGGGAACCAGAAGCCCCCACAGGCUGGGGGCUAUGGCCUGGGGACAAAGGGAGAUGUGGACAGGUCACUGUCUGUGACCAGACCUGCGGGUCUUUGUACAGGUGCUGACCGUGGUGUGUCUGAAGAGGGACAAUUUGCAGACUGGAUUGUGAGGUCAACUAGGUCCACCCUGGCCUUCAGGCAUGACGUCCUUGCCUUGACCACGAUGUUGAAUUGUCCAGUUGGUACAGCACUGAGUGUGGAUUUUGGUGGCUGGGACAGUCAUAUGGAGCUGGACCAAGGCUAUUCCUUCUGUGGCCUCUGAAGUGGCAUCCAUGCUGGCCAGGGGGGGCUGGGAGGCACUGCUGGGCAAGGCUGGGCUCUGGAGGGACAUCCCCAGGGUCAGCGG